AUGGCAAAAUUUUCUGGGCGGACCAGAAAGGUCUUGGUGCUCGCUGCCAGCAGUCCACUAUUAGGUCUGGCUGGGUGGCGGUUCUGGACACGACAUUCCUUUUUUGAGCCUUUCACAUCAGAAACCGAUCCUCUGUUUCAAAGCGCCUACCUGCAAAAGUUCAACCCUCAUCACAAUCCAAGCGAAGAUGAUUGCUGUGUGAGGCUUGUUCCUCUUACGAGAUUGAGAGCCGAUCUCGGGGAAGAUGCCCUGAAUGGUGGCCCGAAGCUUAUCGAGGCUUUCGCAGCAGGGUUAUGGGGCGGAUUCGGUUUUGCAAUCCAGAGGGCGAUUAUGAAGCGAGCUUUCCUGAAUGACACCAACAAAAAUGACCUGUGGGAAAAGGAAGAACUCCUGAAAAGUUUAUAUGAGCCUGGCACCAUAGUCUCAGACCACUUCAUUGUACUGGAAAAGACACCACGUGCAAUCAUUUUGAGGGGAGGUCUUUCGCCACGCGAGUCACCCAACGAGCCUCGCGAGAUGGACAACAUCUGUGAGAUGACUGUGGAUGUUAACAAAGAGGGGAAUGCUGCGGUAUUUCGAUACAAGAACAUAUACUUUCAAGGCUUGGGACACCAGAAGUCGAAACCUUUCUCACCGCCCAUGGUCUGGCUCCACCGUCAAUACUGCUUGCUGCUCAUUGAGGCAGCGGUUCGAAAUUGUAUAGAAUAA